UUUCAGCACUUCAUUGGAGUUGCAGAGCAAGAGAUCGAGGAGUGUUGCUGUCUUUGUAAGUAUUAGGCGAUACCCCGAACGUUACAUGUCACUUCUGUGUUGGACAGGAGAUCAUUAAAAUGCACAGUACUUGUUCGAGCGGCUCAAAAAAAUAAGUCUUGUUCUUGUAAAUGAGUUGUCGGUGGUGAUAUAAGUAUAGAUACCUGUAUUUCUGCCAUGACAUGUAUGCAGCACGAUGUAGUCUUGUUGUAGUAUAGAGACAGAACUAUGAGCUGGUAGUGGUACGAGUCGUACAAGGAAGGUGGCGAUUCUCAACCAGGUUCGCUGUACUGUGUGCAGCAAUCUACAAGUAUACUGCUGAUGUACACGUUACGUUGUACUUGUAGGACGUGUACUACGCUUGUGGUUGCAUAGAGCCCUGUAUGCACUGGACUGGAGCAGUGGAUCACUGCAGCCUUGCAGGUGUUACAUCUCAGGCUAACAGCCUUGAAAGGCACGAUGAACACUCGUAUCGCACCAUCUCAGCUCUGGACGAGGAGUGCGUACAACCCAUUACCCGCUGGAACAGUUGCCGGCAGGGGUUGGAAUCGCCUCGAUACUCACUUGUCCAUGUACCGGAAGAUCAAGUUCACUGGAGAUGUGCCAUAUGAAAAGAAGUAUGUGACGAUAUUGGAGGAUAGGCCGCCAGUGGGCUCCGUAUUUAAUGUGGAGUUCUCACCGCAUGGUAACUAUGUAGUUGCAGCGAUGGCAGAUGGCCGUGCCCUGGUCAUGGACCCACUCACUCGGCGGCUGUGUAAAGACAUCCCCGCUCAUGAAUUCUGCACCAACUGCGUCUGCUUCAUCACCAAUGAGUCGUUUGCGACAUGCUCGGAUGAUCGAGCCGUGAAGAUUUGGGAUAUGCGGUGGCCACGUGUCCCGGUUCUGGAGCGAUUGAACUGGCACCGGGAAUGGGUGAAGAGUAUCUACUAUGAUAGCCGCUCUCACUGCUUGGUGUCGUCAGGUUUUGAUCAGAUGGUUCGCUUGUUACCAUUGAGAGAUGGUGCCGAAGAGAGAAGCCAGUCUGAAGGCCAUGGACUGUGCAUCGACUACAAUGGUGGCAAUCAGUUCUUGAUGCGCAUUGCUCUAUCACCAGAUGCGACCAUCCUGUGCGUUGGCCUGUACGACAAUCGUUUGUCGCAGUACCAGUAUUACCUUGACGAUGAGGAACCGUGCACGCUGCAAGUGUUUCAAGACGUCCAGCUGAAGGAGAGAGGACUGGACACAACACAGUGUGCUGCGCAGGAUAUUGUGGAUUGGCCCAGUGAUGUCACCUUCAUUACGUCAGUGAAGAUCUUUUCCGAUAACCAGCACAUUCUAUCCCGGUGCUCGAAUCUAUUUAAUGAGGAGUGUCUGUGCAUACACGACUUGAAGUCGGGCAAGAUGCUAUGCACUAUUGAAGAUUCAGCGCCGCCGCGAGGCAUCGUCAAGGAGCCAGGCAUCUCGUCUGAUGACCGCGUUGUUUGCAGUCCGUUCGGUUCACGUAUACGCCUGCUAGGCCUGGGGCACAAUCUUCCACUCAUUGCUGAACGUAUCGACUUCCACGGAGAUGUGCCGAAUUCAUUCUCAGAAUUUCUGGACAUCACUACACCAUACCAUCCGAUAAGGAACGUUCUUAGCUGCCGCUUUUCUCCUACUCAAAUGUUAGUGGCUGCUGGUGAUGAGGAUGGAAACAUUUUCAUUGCACAGCCGAAACUUUAGAUGAAUUUUUAAGUUCAUCUCCUUUUUUCGAACAUGUUCUACUCCCAUGCUUGUCCUUGUCCGCUCCACAUCAUUGCGCAUGUGUGUGUGUGUGUGUGUGUGUGUGUGCGUGUGUGCGUGUGUGCGUGUGUGCGUGUGCGUGCGUGUGUGUGUGUGUGUGAGAGAGAGAGAGAGAGAGAGAGAGAGAGAGAGAGAGAGAGAGAGAGAGAGAGAGAGAGAGAGAGAGAGAGAGAGUACCCUUACUUAUCGAAAUGAUUUUGAAAGAAACCGUAUGGCACUAUGCAGAAACUACCUUUUAUUUAUCUACAUGUUUAUCACUAACCCCAUUUUCCGACGCUUUUUAUAUCUGUAUAAAUAUCUGUAAAGAAGAGGUUCUGUGAUAAAAAUUCAUCAAUUGAGGCAGAUGGAAGAGGAAAACAUCUAUUUUACUUUAUUUUACACGCACGGAAGGGCAAAGAAAGGCGUAUUGCUAGGAUUCCGAGCUGAGCUUCUUGCACAAAGUGUUGUUCUUUAAAAAACUAUAUUAUUAUUUAUGGCUAUGUUCACAGAAGGUCCCUGUAGCAUGCCUGCACGUAUACUUUGUUUUCAGGUGGCAGAUGCGGAGUGUACUUGAAGUAGUCAUAUUUUUUAAUACCGGUCAAUGCCCAGGCGUGUUGUCUUAUUUUUUUCAUUGCCGUCCUUCCCAAUAGAUAUCUCGUUUUCUCGUGGCUCCUUUAACAUUGUGUUUGGUUGCUGUCAGAUCGCCUGCGGAGAUAUAUCUCGGGAUACACUCUACUAAUACAUACAAUGAAGGUGCCGCUUGCACGAUUGUUUG